AUGGAUGGGGACUCUUCGACUCGAAUCAGUCCCACCUCGUCUCGUCCCGAUAACGAGCCUGUCGGUUUGGGAAUCGACACUCCCACCUCAGAAUCCAGUCCGUGGGCAGACUCUCCCACCAGAACCACCACAACCUCCAUCACCACUCCCACCAGAGACCCUCAAGAGGAGUUCCACAUCAAGCCAAUCAGACUAGCGAAGCGCCAUCACGAAAAGCGUCUGUCCAUCUCGUCUGCGUCGUCGACUCCUGCUCCUUCAUCGCCUUCUCGUCGCUCUCGUGGCUCCAGAGGCCUGUACGGGUCCAUGACUGGCGCCACAGCCGUCGAAACUGGUUCAGGAACCUCUGCAACCGAUAGGAUCCACAUCAAGAACUUGCCAAUCUCGCCAAACCCCGUGUCGAUCCCCAAACCAGACUCGUCCCAUGACAUGAUCUUCGCGGUGGGCGUGGUCGAUUUCCACCACCAGAGAGGCCCCGAGGUCCAGUGGUGGAAAUCCAACUACCACACCGAGUUCAGCGACGGGUUGUUCAAGAAUUUGUCGUUCCAGGCGUUGCCAGAUGGCUCGCACUUGUUUGAAGAGACCUUCUCCAAUUUCAACUUGGUGUACGACUUCAAGUCCGGCAAGUCCAUCGACGACAUGAAGGACUUGAAUCAGUUCCAGGGCGAUCCGCGCAACUUGAGAACUCUCUUCGGGUGCUCAUGCGUGAGACAGGUCAAGACAAGCGACCUAUCCAAGGAGGAACUUGACAGAAACAAAGAUAUAACCAGGUCCAUCGUGCAGAAGGCCAUCGUGGUCAUUGUCAGGAAACAACCCAUUUUUAAUAAAAUCAAAGAGAAGUUGUCAAUCAUCACAAAAAGUUAUUUUGAACAGGACGAUUUCCACAACGUUAGUUUGUUGGAGAACUUGUUCGAAAACUUGAAUUCCAAUUACAAAUUGGUCGACAACGAAUUAGAGGAGUCCCCUCAUAACGAAUUGCUUAAGGAACAAAAGGACUUGAAGGAGGAAGAGGAAUUCUUUGUAAAUUUGAAUCUUAAAAACUCGAUUCUCAAGUUCAAAACCAACUUCUUGAUCAUUUUUAAAGCAUUAUUGUUGGAUAAGAAGAUCAUAAUUUACUCCAACAAUAACUUAGAAGUGUUAACCCAGUUUCAAAACAAUCUAAUCAGUUUGAUCCCCAACCUAAUCAACAGUUUGGAUAAUUCGGGGUGUCCCCUCAUUGACUACAUUGAGACCAAUGGUCCAUUAUCAAAACCCAACUCAUUGAACACCACCAAUAGAAAGUCCAUGCUUAGAUUUUUUGGCUUACCAUUGCAAAUAUUCAAUACCAAGUCUUCAUUCUGGAACCCAUACUUACCAUUGCAACAACUCGACGAAUUGAGCGUCGAAAGCUACAUGAUCGGUUGUUCAAACUUAUUGUUUAUUAAUCAGGCAGAAAAAUUCAAGGUUGAUUUAGUUGUCAAUUUGGAUACUGAUGAGUUGACUUAUCCCAAGACUAAGCCCGAGGAAUUUUCCUUGAGUCACAAUGAUAAGAAGUUUAUCAAUAACAUGAUCAGCACAAUGAACAACCAGGAGGAUGAUUACAUUGGAAACGACGAUUACAUAAGAUACCAGUUUGAAGACUACCUCAGCAGCUUAAUCGCUACGAUGAGGUAUUCUCAAUAUGCUGAUAAGUUUAAGCAACCCCCACCAGGAUUUGCCAACCCCGAUGGAACCAUUCCGUAUGGAGUCGGGGAUAUAGGCUUGUUCAACAAGAAGUUUAUUGAGGUAUGGAAGCAAUCCAACAAUUUCAAAAUCUGGAAUAUCAUGGCUGAUGAGUUCAUUUUCAACUUUAUAGAUCCAAAGCAUUUAGGAGUGGAGAUAUCGGAAACUAACCAAACAUACAAGAACAUUUCUAAUUUUUUCAACAAUUUCAAGCUCAAGACUACUGUCCCACAGGAGGAUUUGGAACAAGGGAAUAGGUCGAAGGCUCAGAAAUUCAUUACUGACGACAAUGCCAAGGAGGGCUAUGAGACCAUAAAUGAGACUGAUGCCCAGAAGCCUAACAAGAAGUUUAGCAUCUGGAAUACUGGCUGGGGGUUCAAGAAGUCUUAG